GCAUGAGCGAGCCCGCUCUCCGCAGCCGCCCGGGGCGCGAAUGGCAGGCUGUCUCCACGGACUACGAGGUGGCGCCGGUCAGUGGUCCUUUCCAAUGACGGACAUUAACCAGACUGUCAGAUCCUGGGGAGUCGCGAGCCCCGAGUUUGGAGUGCUUUCCCCCCGCCGCGUCACAGACCGAACUGCAGAGGGAAAGGACGGCGGUGGGAAGGCGAAGCCCGGCCCCGGCACGUAGUUGGGAAACUUGCGGGUCCUAGAAGUCGCCUCCCCGCCUCGCCAGCCGCCCUUGCGGCCCCGAGCCGAGCCGAGCAGCAAAGUGAGACAUUGUGCGCCUGCCAGAUCCGCUGGCCGCGGAGCGGGGCUGCCUCGGAUACACAGAGGGGUCUUCUCUCGCCCUGCAUAUAAUUAGCCUGCAUACAAAGGGAGCAGCUGAAUGGAGGUUGUCACUCUCUGGAAAAGGGUGGGUAAGACACUUUUUAAUUAAAUUCUUUCCCGAAGAUUUUUUUUUUCCCUCCCUUUUCUUUGCUGCAGCAUCUAACAUGGACCACAUCACCAUCCCUUUGAUCUUUCCGUGGCUGUGAACUUUGUAUGCUGCCCAGCUUUCUGCAUGCUUAGAGAUUUCUGACCGAGCGCUUCCAAUGGACAUUCUCCAGCCUCUGUGGAAAGAUUCUCGCUAAUGGAUUUCCUGCUGCUCGGUCUCUGUCUACACUGGCUGCUGAGGAGGCCCUCGGGGGUGGUCUGGUGUCUGCUGGGGGCCUGCUUUCAGAUGCUGCCCGCCGCCCCCAGCGGGUGCCCGCAGCUGUGCCGGUGCGAGGGGCGGCUGCUGUACUGCGAGGCGCUCAACCUCACCGAGGCGCCCCACAACCUCUCCGGCCUGCUGGGCUUGUCCCUGCGCUACAACAGCCUCUCGGAGCUGCGCGCCGGCCAGUUCACGGGGUUAAUGCAGCUCACGUGGCUCUAUCUGGAUCACAAUCACAUCUGCUCGGUGCAAGGGGACGCCUUUCAGAAGCUGCGCCGAGUGAAGGAACUCACGCUGAGUUCCAACCAGAUCACCCAACUGGCCAACACCACCUUCCGGCCCAUGCCCAACCUGCGCAGCGUGGACCUCUCCUACAACAAGCUGCAGGCGCUGGCGCCCGACCUCUUCCACGGGCUGCGGAAGCUCACCACGCUGCACAUGCGGUCCAACGCCCUCCAGUUCGUGCCCGUGCGCAUCUUCCAGGACUGCCGCAGCCUCAAGUUUCUGGACAUCGGAUACAAUCAGCUCAAGAGCCUGGCGCGCAACUCCUUCGCCGGCUUGUUCAAGCUCACCGAGCUGCACCUGGAGCACAACGACUUGGUCAAGGUGAACUUCGCCCACUUCCCGCGCCUCCUGUCCCUGCACUCCCUCUGCCUGCGGAGGAACAAGGUGGCCAUCGUGGUCAGCUCGCUGGACUGGGUUUGGAACCUGGAGAAGAUGGACCUGUCUGGGAACGAGAUCGAGUACAUGGAGCCCCAUGUGUUUGAGACCGUGCCGCACCUGCAGUCCCUGCAGCUGGACUCCAACCGCCUCACCUACGUCGAGCCCCGCAUCCUCAACUCCUGGAAGUCACUAACGAGCAUCACCCUGGCCGGGAACCUCUGGGACUGCGGGCGCAACGUGUGCGCCCUGGCCUCGUGGCUCAGCAACUUCCAGGGGCGCUACGAUGGCAACUUGCAGUGCGCCAGCCCCGAGUACGCGCAGGGCGAGGACGUCCUGGACGCCGUGUACGCCUUCCAUCUGUGCGACGAAGGCGCCGAGCCCACCAGCGACCACCUGCUCUCGGCCUUCACCAACCGCAGCGACCUGGGCGCCCCUGCCGGCUCGGCCACCACGCUCACUGACGGCGGGGAGGGGCAGCCCGACGGCACGCAGGAGCCGGCCACGGUGGCUCUCCCUGGCGGCGAACACGCGGAGAACGCCGUGCAGAUCCACAAGGUGGUCACCGGCACCAUGGCCCUCAUUUUCUCCUUCCUUAUCGUGGUCCUGGUGCUCUACGUCUCCUGGAAGUGUUUCCCUGCGAGCCUCAGGCAGCUCAGACAGUGCUUUGUCACGCAGCGCAGGAAGCAAAAGCAGAAACAGACCAUGCAUCAGAUGGCUGCCAUGUCUGCCCAGGAAUACUACGUUGAUUACAAACCCAACCACAUCGAGGGGGCCCUGGUGAUCAUCAAUGAGUAUGGCUCCUGCACCUGCCACCAGCAGCCCGCGAGGGAAUGCGAGGUGUGAUUGUCCCCCUGGUUCUCAACCUGUGCGCUACCAAAUAGGCCUGGGCGGCCGGGCUGGGGUCUCCUUGUCUAAGCUCUGAUCCGCUCCUGGACUGAAACUGUAAGGGGAUCGCUCCCAGAGACUUGACAUUUUAGCUUUAUUGUGUCUUAAAAAAACAAAAAUGAAAUAAAACACAACAAAAAAACCCCACCCCACAACCUUCAGGACAGUCUAUCUUAAAUUUCAUAUGAGAACUCCUUCCUCCCUUUGAAGAUCUGUCCAUAUUCAGGAAUCUGAGAGUGUAAAAAGGUACCAAUCAUUGAUUUUUUUUUUUUUUUUGGUAAAUGUUUAAAAAAUAAAAUAGCAUUUACAG